AUGCUUGGAACAGCUGCCAGAAGCCUUCCCAGGAAAGCUGCCCAGAGAUGCAUGCCCUCCUCCCCUAUACUUUGCCUUCAGCCAAGACACACUGGUAGAGCACUGUCCUCCCAUCUCCCUGCCGUCAAGCCUCCGCUGUCUACUGCAUUACCCUCGGACUCCUACCAGCUCCUUCCAACAUCAGAGAAGAGCGGCGCCGCUGAAGACGCCCUCUUCAUCCAAGAAGUGGAAGACGUCAAGCAAUGGUGGGCCUCAGCCCGAUAUGAGGGUAUUAAGAGACCAUACUCUGCGGAGGAUGUGGUCGGCAAGAGAGGGACACUGCAGCAAACAUACCCGAGCUCUGUGAUGGCGAGGAAGUUGUUCAGCCUUUUCAAAGAGAGGGCUGCCGUUGGGCAGCCUGUCCAUACAAUGGGAGCCAUUGACCCUAUUCAAAUGACCCAACAAGCUGUCAACCAGGAAGUGUUGUAUAUUUCUGGGUGGGCUUGCUCCUCUGUGCUUACCUCCACGAACGAGGUCUCUCCGGAUUUCGGAGACUACCCGUACAACACGGUACCGAAUCAAGUGCAGCGAAUAUUCAAAGCACAACAGUUGCAUGAUCGGAAGCAUUGGGAUGCAAGGAGGAAGAUGAGCAAGGACGAAAGGACGAAGGCACCAUACAUAGAUUAUAUGCGACCAAUCGUUGCAGACGGGGAUACCGGACACGGAGGCCUUACUGCUGUUAUGAAACUGGCCAAGCUUUUUGCGGAGAAUGGUGCAGCAGCCGUACACUUCGAAGACCAAUUGCACGGUGGCAAGAAGUGCGGCCACUUGGCAGGCAAAGUCUUGGUCCCCGUGGGCGAACACAUUAACCGACUGGUCGCUACCAGAUUCCAAUGGGAUCUGAUGGGCUGCGAGAAUCUCGUAAUUGCUCGAACAGACUCCGAGUCUGGAAAGCUUCUCAGCAGCGCUGUAGACGUUCGGGAUCAUGAAUACAUCCUCGGUGUAGACGAAGACGCGGAGCCGUUGGCCGAGACUUUGCAAGCGAUGGAGCUCCAAGGUACCACUGGAGUGGAAGUUGACCGUUAUGAGGCGAAGUGGGUGAAGGAGCAUAAGCUCAUGACAUUUGAUGAAGCUGUGGUGAAACACCUUGAGUCGGAAGGUGCAGAUCAGAGCAAGAUCCUCCAGUACGGUGCCCAGGUGAGAAUGGAUCGUAAUCUCCCUCUAUCAAGGCGACGUACUCUCGCAGCACAGUAUACCAAUUCUCCCUUGUUCUUUUCCUGGGACAUUCCAAGAACUCGCGAGGGCUUUUACCACUACCGUGCGGGGUUAGCAGCAGCCACAAAGCGGGCAAUCGAGUUCGCUCCGUACGCUGACUUGCUUUGGCUCGAGACUGCGGAUCCGAACGUAGAGAAAGGUGGGAAGUUUGCAGGCGAGAUCAGGAAAGCUCAUCCUGGGAAGCAACUAGUUUACAAUCUCAGCCCGUCAUUCAAUUGGAUGGGCCAGGGCUUCAAUGAAGCUUCCCUGAAGUCUUUCAUUUGGGAUCUUGCCAAACACGGCUUCGUUCUGCAGCUGAUCUCUCUGGCUGGUUUGCACUCUACCGCAGCAGUAACAGCAGAGCUUUCAAGAGACUUCAAGGAGGAUGGCAUGCUGGCUUAUGUGAAGCUGAUUCAGAGACGCGAGAAGGAGCUCGGUGUGGACGUCUUGACUCAUCAGAAGUGGAGCGGAGCGGCCUAUGUUGACGGCAUAUUGGGCGCCAUCCAGAGCGGAAGCAGUGGAAGCAAGAGUAUGGGUGAGGGAAACACAGAGACAGGUUUCUAG